AAAUAAAGCCAAGUGCUCUAUCAGAACCAAAUCGCUGAGGAUCCUGUCACCUGUGUUCCAGAAGCCUCAUCAGAGAAUGUCGUCCCCAGGCAUGUCAGAACUACCGACCCCACUCACCAAUGUGAAGUUUCAAUAUACUAAGAUAUUCAUUAACAAUGAGUGGCACAACUCAGUGAGUGGCAAGAAAUUUCCCGUCUUUAAUCCUGCCACUGAGGAGAAACUCUGUGAUGUGGAAGAAGGAGAUAAGGAGGACGUUGAGAAGGCAGUGAAGGCCGCAAGGCAGGCUUUCCAGAUCGGCUCUCCAUGGCGCACUAUGGACGCCUCUGAGAGGGGACGCCUGCUGAUAAAGUUGGCUGAUUUGAUUGAGAGAGAUCGCCUGCUACUGGCAACAAUGGAGUCAAUGAAUGGUGGGAAGCUAUUUCUCAGUUCUUAUCUGUUGGAUUUGGGAGGUUGCAUAAAAACAUUACGCUACUGUGCAGGAUGGGCUGACAAGAUCCAGGGACGCACAAUACCCAUUGAUGGAAAUUUUUUUACUUACACAAGACAUGAACCUGUUGGUGUAUGUGGCCAAAUCAUUCCUUGGAAUUUCCCAUUGGUUAUGCUCCUUUGGAAGCUAGGGCCUGCCCUGAGCUGUGGAAACACUGUGGUUGUCAAACCUGCAGAGCAAACUCCUCUCACUGCUCUUCACGUGGCGUCUUUAAUAAAGGAGGCAGGGUUUCCUCCUGGAGUAGUGAAUAUCGUUCCUGGCUAUGGACCUACGGCAGGGGCUGCCAUUUCUUCUCACAUGGAUAUAGACAAAGUGGCCUUUACUGGAUCCACAGAGGUUGGCAAAAUGAUCAAAGAAGCUGCUGGUAAAAGCAACCUGAAGCGGGUGACCCUGGAGCUGGGUGGGAAGAGCCCUUGUAUUGUGUUUGCAGAUGCAGACUUGGACAACGCUGUCGAAUUUGCACACCACGGCUUGUUCUACCACCAGGGUCAAUGCUGUAUAGCAGCAUCACGGCUCUUCGUGGAAGAAUCCAUUUACGAUGAGUUUGUUCAAAGGAGUGUUAAGCGAGCUAAGAAGUAUGUUCUUGGAAAUCCUCUGACCCCAGGAGUUAGCCAAGGGCCUCAGAUUGAUAAGGAGCAAUAUGAAAAGAUCCUUGACCUCAUUGAGAGUGGAAAAAAAGAAGGGGCCAAACUGGAAUGUGGAGGCGGUCCGUGGGGAAAUAAAGGCUAUUUUAUCCAGCCCACAGUUUUCUCGCAUGUCACAGAUGACAUGCGCAUUGCUAAAGAAGAGAUAUUUGGACCAGUGCAGCAGAUCAUGAAGUUUAAAUCCUUAGAUGAUGUUAUCAAGAGAGCCAACAAUACUACAUAUGGUUUAUCAGCAGGAAUCUUCACCAAAGACCUUGACAAAGCCAUCACAGUGUCCUCUGCUCUGCAGGCCGGGACAGUGUGGGUGAAUUGCUAUAGUGUGGUAUCUGCUCAGUGCCCAUUUGGUGGAUAUAAAAUGUCUGGAAAUGGAAGAGAACUAGGAGAAUAUGGUCUCCAUGAGUAUACAGAGGUGAAGACGGUCACAAUGAAAAUUUCUCAGAAGAACUCAUAAACAAAGAAAUAAGAAUCCUCAGUUACUAAGCAUCUGCUACAGUGGUGAAUACAUUGUCAAGGAAUUUACAUUCAUGAUCAUUCUCUUGAUUUUUUUAAAACAUAAGCUAAUCAUGUUAGCAUUGAUAGUACACAUAGAAAACUUGACAUGUAGCUUACUCUACAAGAAUCUUCCUUUAUAUUCUAUCAUGUGAAUUCCAAGUUCUGAUUAUAGUAAAGAGAACAGAUUUGAAUGUGAGGUUUGUCCAAUUCCGCUGUAGUCAUAUACUUUUCUUUGUAACUACUUAUCCAUGGUAGUCAUUGUCUUUUAGUAGAAGAGGACCAGUUAUCAUUUAGCUUCUCUCCCUUAAUGACCCUUUAAAAUGCUUAACAUGCCUGUUAACUGCAUAGUACAAGUGUUCCGUUGCAGUCUUUUUUAAGUCUCUGGAGUUUGUUGAAAAUCUCCCAGAAUGUCAUGUCUGCUUGUCAAACAAACAGAGUAAUACCUAAAAUACUUAGCUGUAAUCUAAACAUUAAGUUUAAUAAAAACAACCUUGCAUGA